UAGGUGCGCGCCAUUUUCAAACGUCUUACCGCGAGAGGUUCUCGUUCCGGCGGCGGCAGGAGGCAGCGGUGCCGCUAGGAAAGUCGCGGGUGGGGCUGGGCAGCUCACGGACUAUACAUAAAUUUAUGGUGAACUGUUUCUUAAAAUGACUACCACCUCUGAGAGAAAGUUUAUAAACCUGCGGAAACGUUUAGAUCAACUUGGCUACAGGCAACCCCUUGGGAUUGAGACUCUCCCACUGGUGGAAAAACUCUUCAGUGAUUUGGUGCACACAACAGAAAGCCUUCGCAAUGCCAAGCUGUCAUCUGGAAAAACGGAAAAAGAGACCAAGAACUUGGACUCUGUGCUUGAACCAUAUAGAGCCGAAAAUGCCCGUCUUGUCCAAGAGAAUAACAAGCUCCAUCAGGAAUUACUGAGGUUAAAGGAAGAGUCAGAUCAACAUGCCAAAGAUUUAAAACAUACCAUAAGAAAGUUGGAACAUGACACUGCAGAUUUGAAGUUUUUAAAUAACCAGUAUGUGCAUAAAGUACGAUCCCUAGAAAAGGAAAGUAAAGCAAAGACUGAUAAGAUCCAGCAACUACAAGAGAAAAACCUGCAAGCUGUUGUGCAAACUCCAGGUGGUAGAAAGCGCACUAUCCCAUUUCGUCGACAGCGAAUGCAAAUUGAUCAGCCAGUUCCUCCAUCUGGAAUUGCAUCAGCACCACAAAUUCAUACAGAAGAUCCUUAUUUCAUGGACCUCUUGAGUGUGGCUGAUAAUAGAAUACUGGAUCUGCAAGCUACAGUUGAUGAGCUGAAAUGUGAAUUGGAAAAAUCAGAUCGUGGGAUGAGAAAAUUCCAGAGGCAGUUUGAAAAUGGGAAAAGAACUGUUGCAACAUUAGUGGACAUCACUUCAGGGGGAAACUUCUUACCGCUAAUCAGAGAGUAG